UGGAGUCUGGGGAGUGUGAUAUUCAAAUCGGAUUAAAUAUAAAUACUACAAAGCGCCAUUGCUCUAAGUAGUUCGGAGACAGUUCGGGUUUUGGUUUUGGCGCGUGCGGUGUUUCUUUCUUAUUGUUACCUCCUAGUAGAUACGAGAUUAAAAUCAGCCUCCGUUAGCGAUGAAGUACUUCUGGUUGUUCGGCCUGGUGGCCCUCGUUUUGCUGGUCUCGUUUGCCGAUGCGCACAAAAAGGAGGAAGGCUUCGAGGAAGCUGGCGGAAGCGAGCACGGCGAAGAGCAUCACUCCAAGAAGGGCGAGAAGGCGGACAAGGGCCACAAAACGAAACACGGGGUAGAGAAGAAGGAAAAGGGCAACCAUGCCAAGGAGGAGCAUGAUUCGCACUACGGCGAAGAGGGCGGCCACAAGAAGGAAAGCCACGACGAGGGAGACGAGUUCAAGAAACACCACGAGGAGAAGAAGGGCUCCAAGCAUGGCAAGCACGGCCACAAGAAGGGACAUAAGAAGGGCUCCAAAACCACCGGCUAUCACAAGAAGUCGCACAAGGAUGACUACCACAAGGAGCACAAAUUCUACGACGAUCACCACAAGGAGGGCAAGCACAAGAAGUACGGAGACUUCCACGAGAGCCACUCGAAGCACGCCGACGAGCACAAGAAGGGAGGACAUCACGAUUCGGCCCACAAGGAGGAUCACUACGCCAAGAAGGGCCACUCGGAUAAGGGACACCACGAUGAGGAUCACAAGGGCUGGUCCAAGAAGCAUGGUCACGAUUCGCACUUCUCCCAUAAGGACGAUUACGGCAAGAAGGGUGGCAAGAGCGGCGGAAGUGAGCACGGAUUCAAGAAGGGAGGCGGCGGCGGUGGACAUGGAGGUGGUCACGGAGAUUCGCAUCACUAGGCGAGGCGCGACUUGUAGGAAAUCCUAGAGGCUGAUUUUUUUGCGUGUUUAGUGUGUAGUUCGAUCGAAAACUUGUCACUGUCACUGAUGUCCAAAUGUAACGUUUUAGCAGAAAUAAAACAUCUAUCAUAGCUUUUAAAAA